CCGGUUCUGAGUGUAUGUUCGGCGUUCCCCGCGUCUGCCGAUUCAGUGUGGUGCGAUUUGGCCGAGAUCAAGAAAGAGUAAAAGUUGCAACAAAUUUUAUCAGGAACUUGAGUCACGAGCCAUCAGUCACAUCUCAGAGGCCAAUCCCCAAGCCAGCGCGGCAGCGCAGUAUAGCGACCAGAAACCUCCGCAGAAUGGCGACGAACAAUGCGCAGGGCGCGAACAAAGCGGCCAGUCUCGAACACAUUACCUCUCAACUUCAAACCCUUGGCAUUUCCGAGCUGCCCAAACCGCAAGGAGUUCGUUUGCACCCACAGCACAACCCAGUUGAUGUAUAUCGAGCCGUGAUUAUUGAGAAACUGCAAGACAUCGCGGGCGCCGAUCCAGAGAUCAUUAACAACGCAGUCCAAUGGACUCAGGAUCUCAAGCAUGGAGAUCUCGUUCUUCCCGUGCCGGCUUUGCGAUUGAAGGGCAAGAAGCCAGAUGAGCUGGCCAAGGAGAUCGCAGAAAAGCUCCAGUCACCACUUUUGGAACGAGUCGAGGCUGAAAAGACCUUUGUGCGCUUCUUUUUCAAGCCAGAGCAUCUUGCCAAGCUUGUGAUUCCAGCAAUUCAUCAGCAGAAUGCCGACUACGGUUUCAACCCAUCGCUUGGUCUCGAAGACCCUUCAAAUCCAGCUUCUCGACACAAGAAAGUGAUAGUGGAAUACUCCAGUCCGAACAUCGCGAAAGAGUUCCACACUGGCCAUCUGCGAAGCACUAUCAUCGGAGGCUUCCUGGUCAAGCUGUUUGAGCGUGCGGGAUGGCAAGCUAUCUCCAUGAACUAUCUCGGUGAUUGGGGAAAGCAAUACGGCAUCCUUUCUGAGGGCUUCGAGAAAUAUGGAAACGAGGAAGAGCUUUUAAAGGACCCAGUGAAGCACCUGAAUGAGGUCUACGUCAAGAUCAAUCGCGACAACUCCGAGGAGCAGAAGCCCGCGAAGGUGCUUACAGAGAAGAAGACUGCGCUUGAGCAGCUCAAGAACCCACCUCCACCAAAGAAGCCAGCUAAAGGCAAGGAAGCUCCGCCACCACCACCAAAGUGGACCGAUGAACAGGAGCAGGAACUCCAAAACGUCACGGCAGAGCUGGAAAAGGUUCAACAAGAAUUAAUCAAUAAGCCCAGCAUUGACGAAAAAGCCCGUCGCUUCUUUAAGCGCAUGGUUGACGGAGAUCCAGAAGCACUGAAGAAUUGGCAACGUUUCCGACAGCUGUCAAUCGAUGCCUACAUUAAGAUGUAUGCUCGCUUGAACAUCAAGUUUGACGACUACAGCGGCGAAUCGACCGUCAAGGAAGAAGACAUGGAGAAGGCGGCCAAAGUGCUGCAAGAGAAGGGUAUUAGCGAAGAGAGCAAAGGUGCCAUCAUUGUUGAUCUGGCGAAGCACGGACACCCAACGUUGGGCAAGACGCUUGUCAAGAAGAGUGACGGUACAUCACUUUACCUCACCCGUGACAUCGCUGCCAACUUUGAGCGUUACGAAAAAUACCACUUCGACCACAUGAUAUAUGUGAUUGCCUCGCAGCAGGAUGUUCACGUGAAGCAAUUCUUCACGAUCUUAUCGUUGAUGGGCCCGCCGUACAAGGACAUUGUUGAGAAAUGCAAGAACAUCAGCUUCGGCAUGGUCAAGGAUCCUAAGGGCCAGACCAUGAGUACUCGCAAGGGUACAGUCAUCUCGCUGGCGGACAGUCUGGAUAACGCGAAGGAUUUUAUGCACAACGUGAUGAAGGGGAAUCGAGAAAAGUAUGAGCAGGUCGAGAAUCCAGAGGCUACCGCGGACAUCCUUGCCAUUUCUGCCAUCAUGGUCCAGGAUUACAGCGGCAAGAUGGUCAAUGGCUACAACUUCGACAUGGACAGGAUGACCAGCUUCGAGGGUGACACUGGCCCGUAUCUGCAGUACUCGCACGCCCGCCUGUGCUCCAUUAAGCGGAAAGCGGGAGUGUCGGACGGGGAAAUGGUGAAGGCAGAUCUCAGCCUUAUCACUGCCAAAGAAGGAGUGCUGCUCAUCCGAUCACUUGCACAAUGGCCGGAUGUCUUCCUCAACACGUACAAGACGCAGGAGCCCGUCACUGUGCUCUCAUAUCUCUUCAAGAUGUCGCAUAUGCUCAGCUCGUGCUACGAUGCGAUCGACAGGAACAACAACAACGCCAAGACGCUGAGCGUUAUGUAUGCGGACAGCGCAGAGAAGAAGGUGGCUCUGAUGGCAAUGUACGAGGCGGCCAGAAUUGUGCUCAACAACGGCAUGCAAUUGCUCGGGCUUUCUCCUGUGCAGAGGAUGUAGAAGAGGACGGAGAUGCAUGGGUCCGGCGUUUCGGCGAGCGAGUUCAUGUAGCAUGUUAGCAUGAUGUGGCAGCCAAACGCCCAGGAUACGGCGGGAGUCCUCCUGCGACGGGUCUGGGAGACAUGAUUGUCUCCGUUAGCUAUGCCGCCUCUUAUCACUGAUGGCUUGAGAUAGACCGAAGUGUUCAUCAAGC